AUGCUGGUGGUGCUGGUGCUGGUGAUGUUGGUGCCGGUGGUGCUGGUGGUGAGGGGGGUGGGGGUGGUGAUGGGGUGGGGUUGGUGGAGAAGCGGGGUAGUGCUGCUGCAGGAAGAAGAACUGCAGCAGCAGCAGCAGCAGCUAGAGCUGCAGCAGCAGCUACAGCAACAGCAGCAGCAGCAGCAGAAGGGACGGCAGCAGCAGCUGCACGGCUCCUAG